CACACAAAUCCCUCAGACUCGAUGACGCCGACACCAGGAGACUCUUGGGCAGUGACGUUGACGGCUGCUUUCAUCAGGUGCUGUGGGUUCUGGGCAGAAGAUACUGAGUUUGGAAAAAAAGUGAUGGAUAUUAUCGUGAAGUAUUCCGUUGUUGCUAUUUUAUGGGCUUCCGCUGUUACUGUCAGUGAUUUGUAUCACUGUUACGGUGAUGUUGAUAAAUUUACCUAUUGCGGUCUCAAUGUCCUUACAGUUGGUUUCGGAUCCUACAAGCUUGUGGCAUUCUACAUGAAGCGAAAAAUGUUUUUGGAUUUGAUUUACUACGCGAAGAAACACUUCUGGUUUUGUCAUUAUGAUGAGUAUGGCGCUGAGAUGAUGAGGAAAUGUAUGAGAAGAUGUGUGGGGAUUAUUCUGUUUGGAGUGUCCAUGUCUCAUUUGACUAUCAUAAUUUAUUAUAUCAAGCCUCUGAUAGGUAAGCCACAAUAUGUGGAAAUAUCAGUAUUGUAUAAAUAAUCA